AUGUGUCGGAACAUCUUGGGCCAGGCUGCCUACCAGUUGACUGUUUUGUUUGUUUUAAUUUUUGCUGGAGAUAAAUUUGUUCCGGAGUUAAAGUGGGAGCAUGUCUCUAGAGAGACCCGCAACUCCUUCCCUGGCUUCUGCGAAUUCAGCGACUGCGACAGCCCAUCUCCUCAUUUGCUGCGCUCUGGGCGUCGUUUCUUCCCCUUUACCUCCGAAGAAGAUUAUAAGGCGGCCUGGAGAGUUAAUAUCGGGCCGAGCAGACACUACACUCUUAUUUUCAACGCAUUUGUCUUCAUGCAGGCAAGCAGCAGCAGCAGCAGCAGCAGCAGCAGCAGCAGCAGCAGCUGCAACAGCGGCAGCAGAAGCAGUCACUGCACACUCCUAGGAAGUGGACACGCGGGCGCACUGGGGAACAUGUUUAACGUGCGGCGUUCUGGUUCUUCUUUGAACAUUUGCAAGGGAGUGAUGCAAUCGAAGAUGUUUUUAUUUAUCGUUUGCUUUAUUUUUAUCUUCCAGGUCUUCGUGGUUGAGUUAGGGGGCCUACCCAUGUCCUGCAUAUUUGGGGUACAAACCCUCGAGGCUGGUUGA